AUGUCUGAUAACGUUUACAUUGUAGCUGCCGCUAGAACUCCAGUUGGUUCAUUCCAAGGUUCUCUAUCUUCCAAGACAGCUGUUGAACUUGGUGCAGCUGCUGUGAAAGGUGCUUUGGCUAAAGUCCCUCAAUUGAACCCAGCAAGCGAUUUUGAUGAAAUUAUCUUUGGUAAUGUGCUAUCUGCCAACUUGGGUCAAGCUCCCGCCAGGCAAGUCGCUCUAACCGCCGGUCUAGAUAACCAUAUUGUUGCAACAACUGUGAACAAAGUGUGUGCUUCUGCUAUGAAGAGUAUCAUUCUUGCUGCUCAAACAAUAAAGUGCGGCAGUGCCGAUGUCGUUGUUGCGGGUGGAUGUGAAUCGAUGACCAACACUCCAUACUACAUGCCAGCUGCUCGUAGCGGUGCCAGAUUUGGUGAAACUAAACUUGUGGACGGUAUCCAAAGAGAUGGUCUAAACGAUGCUUAUGACAAUCUAGCCAUGGGUGUCCAUGCUGAGAAGUGCGCCCGUGACUGGAAGUGCUCUCGUGAAGAUCAAGAUAACUUUGCCAUUGCAUCAUACCAAAAGGCCCAAAAAGCCCAGAAGGAAGGUAAAUUUGAUCAAGAAAUUGUUCCUGUCACUAUCAAAGGUUUCAGAGGUAAACCAGACACUCAGGUUACCAAAGAUGAAGAACCAGACAAGUUGAAUGUCGAGAAAUUGAAGUCUGCCAGAACUGUUUUCCAAAAAGAAAACGGUACUGUGACAGCUCCAAACGCUUCUCCUAUCAAUGAUGGUGGUGCCGCAGUUAUUCUUGUAUCUGAGAAAAAGCUAAAAGAACUAGGUCUAAAACCAUUGGCUAUUGUCAAAGGUUGGGGUGAGGGUGCUCACGACCCAGCUGACUUCACAUGGGCUCCAUCUCUGGCUGUUCCAAAAGCUUUGAAGCACGCUGGAAUCGCUGACAUCAACUCUGUCGAUUUCUUUGAGUUCAACGAAGCAUUCUCUGUCGUCGGUUUGGCCAAUACCAAGAUCCUACAAAUCGAUCCAAGCAAGGUUAACGUCUAUGGUGGUGCUGUUGCCAUUGGUCACCCAUUAGGUUGUUCCGGUGCCAGAGUCGUUGUCACUUUACUAUCGAUCCUACAACAAGAACAAGGUAAGGUUGGUGUCGCCGCUAUCUGUAACGGCGGUGGUGGUGCAUCCUCCGUUGUCAUCGAGAGAGUCUAG